AUGGACACUGCGGAGGUAUUUCUCUCUGCGCUGGUGGUUGUGAUUAUCAUUGUGUCGUUGCUGUCCAACGUCCUGGUGCUGAUCUGCUUUCUGUACAACCCGGAGAUCCGCAAGCAGGUCCCGGGUCUGUUCAACCUCAACCUCACCUUCUGCAACUUGUUGCUGACCGUGUCCAACAUGCCGCUCACUUUGGUGGGACUUGUCAGUAAGGCUCAGCCGGGAGGGGACGGCUUCUGCCAGAUCGUGGGCUUCCUGGAGACCUUCCUGUCCACCAACUCGAUGCUGAGCAUGGCAGCUCUGAGCAUCGACAGGUGGAUCGCGGUGGUGUUCCCCCUGAGGUACCACUCCAAAAUGCGCCACAAAGACGCGGCUUUUGUGCUCGGGUACACGUGGGCGCACUCCAUGUCCUUCUCCACGGUGGCCACCAGCCUCUCGUGGGUGGGAUACCACCGGCUUUACGCGUCCUGCACCCUGUCCAACCCGAGGGCGAGCAGCCGGACCCAGUUUGUUAUCUUCACCGUCUUUUUCCACUCCUUCACUUUUCUCCUGUCUUUUAUAGUGCUGUGUGUCACAUACCUCAAAGUGCUUAAAGUGGCAAGAUUUCACUGUAAGAGGAUCGACGUUAUCACAAUGCAAACUUUGGUCCUGCUGGUGGAUAUACACCCCAGUGUUCGCCAGCGUUGCCUGGAGGAGCAGAAAAGGCGACGACAGCGAGCGACGAGGAAGAUCAGCACCUUCAUCGGCACCUUCAUGCUCUGCUUUGCUCCAUAUGUGAUCACAAGGAUCGUGGAGUUAUUUCCAGCGGUGCCUAUCAACCCCCACUGGGGAAUUGUCUCCAAGUGCUUAACUUACAGCAAGGCAGCCUGCGACCCGUUCGUGUACUCCCUGCUCCGCCACCAGUACAGGAAGACGUGCACCGACAUCAUCAACAGGCUGCUGAAGCGUAGCUCCUUGAACGCGUCCGGGCCCAGGCAAGAGAACCACGGCAACAGCAUACCGACGGCGGAGUGA